AUGAGAUGCGAAUGUGCAAUCGGCCUUCUGGUAUUUCAGUUUAUGUUGUACAAAGCGGACGAGCUGGAUUUGCUAUUUGCUGAGAAUGAAAAUUAUGCGGAUAAUGCAAAUUAUGAAGAUUUUGAAUUCGAUUUUGAAGAUUACGACUAUGAUUUUUUAAAUGUAAAGAAGACAACAUGUAAAAAUCCUGGACCAAUAAAACAUGGUAAAGUUGAGAUUUGGGGAGAUGAUUUGUUAAUAGACUAUACAUGUGAUGAUGGUUUUAUACCGCAUGGUAUAACACAUGGUGCGUGUGAUGUUAAAAACAAAGCUUGGACCAUAGAUCCUGUGGUUUGUAUCUCAUCUGAUUGUAAUUUUUUACUACCACCGAGAAAAGGAAUUGUGACAAUGGAUAAGAACCAAGGUGUUGCUAGCAUAACCUGUGAACAAGGUCUUCACCUGAUUGGGUCUCCAGUGUUAUAUUGUCAACAAGGCAAAUGGGUCGGUGACUUUCCUGUUUGUGCUCGUGACAAUGUGUGCAUUGAUAGGCAUCCAUAUAAUUUAGUUUGCUAA